UCAGCCAUGUCGAUAUCUGUAUAGCCUACGAGUAAUUAUAAACUUUAUUAAUCCACAUGACCCCUAUAUAUAUUCGUGGAUAAAUUAAUCUCAUCAAUGUAACAAAACAAAUUUCCCUGAUGCAUAUAAAGCUGCACUUGGUUCAGAUUUGCCAUUGAACAACAUAUCCAUGCAGCUACAAAAACAUUUGUAUGUUUAUUUAUAUGAUCCAUGAAUUGACAUGUACGAUUAUACAGCGUCAUGUUGUAAGCAUUGGUUCAUGAAUCUAGGGGGUAACCAAAGUUACCUGCCAAUAUUGUAUAAUGCUACCUUUCAAGAGCGAACAAAUACAGAGCGAUAACAAAAUUGAGAUAACCAUAACAUACUGUAAAAGUUAUACUCGAUGCCAUAUAUGUUACCUGUAGUUGUAUUAUGUGUAAACAUUCAUAAGCCUCUUCUCAUAUGACUUAAGUUUCUUGCCCAUCAUGCAGUGAGAGAUAACAUAUGCCCUCAUGCCAUGUGCAUGUUAUACUUAAAACCGAUGUGUGUACAUCGUAGCUCAGGGCGAGGUCACUUAUCAGUCAGCUUUGUUUUGCAGGAGAAGUGUACAUGUAUAUUACAUGUUUAGGCACUGAAGAUUUAAUUACACCCUUGGCGACCGUCCAAUACAGAGGUCGUUGUGACACCACUUGACACCCAAUACAAGCUCGUUUCAGCUGUUGACAUGGAACUUUAUCAAGUGUUUGCAGUAAUCCUGUGCACACAAUGUAUCUUCAUUGUUGAUAGUACAGACAAUCAUUGCCUGGUGUUAUCGCAGUCCGGGGCAUGUGAGGAAUGCUAUAUUGGAUGGUAUGGAGCUUACUGUGACAAGAUGUGUCAACACUGUGACACGCGUGGAUGUAGCAAAACAACAGGAGUUUGUCUUCAGUGUCAAGCUGGCUAUUACUCUACCAACUGUUCACUGACAUGUCCACCUCAGUGCAGAGAGAGAUAUGGUGACCGUGAGCUCUGUGCCCGUACAACAGGGAAGUGUCUGGAAGGCUGUAAACCAACAUGGUGGGGGGAUAAAUGUGAACAAAAGUGUGGAAAACAGUGUAGUGGUUCAGAGUGUUUCUUUUACGAUGGUUCAUGUGCAUCUGGAUGCAAGGACGGGCUUUCCGGGUCUCACUGUGACAAAACCUGUUCAGUGGGAUGUCUACAUGGCAACUGCAGUCAGCUGGCGGGUGUGUGCCUUCAUGGAUGUAAAACUGGCUUCUAUGGGCGCUCCUGUGACAGACAUUGUACUGAUAAAUGCCAUGACAGUGAUUGCAGGACAGGGGUUGACGGAGACACUCCUCUCUGUACCCACGGCUGUGUACCUGGCUCGAAGCCUCCUCUCUGCGAUAACCCUUGCCUAACCAACUGUUUAUCCUGCACUGAAGCUGGGGUGUGUACAUCGUGCAAGGCAGGGUUCACAGGAACUAGCUGUGAGAAGAAGAAAUGCAACUGUCUUGGUUCCGGUUGUAGCGAUGACAGAAUUUGCGAUGGGUGUCUUGAUGGCUGGCAGGGACAGACCUGUGAGUUGGCCUGCUCUCAAAACUGUCUCAGAUGUCAACAGAAGAGUGGGAACUGCACUACAUGUCGCCAAGGUUUCACAUAUGAUGGAAGAAGUCAAUGUACUUCCGUGAUCCCUGCAGCAACCACCAAAGCCACAACUGAAGGGCAAGAAUCAAAUCUUCCCGUUGUGAUUAUAUCCAUCAUAGUUCCUCUCCUUGUAAUUGUUGCAACUGGGUUUUGUGUCCUUAGGUGCUGCAGAUUCCGAAGAUGUAUCCUGCCAUUAUCCGAGGAACACGUAAGGGAUGAUAAUGCACCUUAAGAUGUGGUAAUGUUAACCCAUGUCAUAAACAUUUCGUUCUGACGUGUUGGUUGGUUUGUUGUUUAACGCCGCACUCAGCAAUAUUCCAGCUAUAUGACGGCGUUCUUACGUGUAAUGAGUACAUGUACGUACUGUCUAUAAUUAAAAAAAACAUCAUCAAUUUUGAUAUUCGUACAAAAACUGUCGUAUUCCUGGGUAGACAUUACCGUGGUUCAAUGGACACCCAACAGUGUCGUCGCUUUGAGGCUGAAACAAUUCCUGUGCGACGUUAAAUUAAACGCACAGAUUGUCGAAGCAGGAACUUAUAAUUUAAGAUCACUUUUGUUUCUAGCGAUGUCCAACAACAGCAAAAUCUAAAUGCGAAAUAUGUUCAUUUAUUCGAUUCCAUUGCUCCUACGCAUUAAUUUUGUUUUUAAUUGGGAGUAUAUUGACUUUUUGUCUACCUAUAACAAGCAGGUCCACAUUAAAAUGCACUGAAAACUUGAUAUGACAAUUUAUCAUCAGGUUUCACCAAAAUUAAUGU